GCAAGCCAGUCCCCAGUAAAGUGUUAGACCUGUUACUUUUGAAGAGUAACAGCAGGCUGGGAACCAUGAGUAACAUUAAAAUUUAUUAUGCCAGCGUGUCAGGAUCUAGGGAGGUAAAACAGAACCAAAAUGAAGUUAUGAGGAUUUUUGAUUCUUACAACAUUAAGUAUGAGUUAAUUGAUAUAACUGUCAGUCCCCAAGCACUGGAAGAAAUGCGGACUAAGGCUGACUCUCCUAAUGCUGUACCACCUCAGAUAUUCAAUGGUCAAGAAUAUUGUGGAGAUUUUGAUACUUUCCACUAUGCCAAGGAGAACAAGGAGAUUCUGAAGUUCCUGAAGAUGGAAAUAACGGAGAAUAAUGACAAAUGUUGAUGCCACUGCUCCUCUUAACUGUAAAACAACUGCUCCAUUAA